GUGAGACUGUAAAUUUCACCCACGCCGGUUACUAAAUCCAUCAAUGUUUUUAUAGUUUUUUUUUGUUGUAUUUUUAUAAUGUUUCGUCAUGUCAUGCAGCCGUUGGUAUGCAAAAGUGAUAAGGUAUCCAUACCAUUCUGUAAGGUUGCAAAGAGAUUGUUGCCAUGGAAACCAUCACUCUCCAGAUCGGAAUGGGUCGUGCUGAGAAGACUGUAUUGCCAGAAACCAAGGAAGGUGCCAGACUUCCAGGAAGUCACUUUUAAGAGUGGCAGGUAUUAUUUCUUGGCUUUGCCUGCUCUGUCCCUGUACCUGUGUUACUGGCAGAUACAACGGAAACAAUGGAAAGAAAACCUGAUUGAGAAGUUGAAAUCAAGGUUCAACACACCGCCUGUACCUCUUCCAGAUGAUUUGGAAGAGUUGAAUCACCCUGACAUGGAGUUCAAGCCGAUAAAGGUGCGCGGACAGUUUGACUACACCAGGGAGGUGUAUCUCGGGCCUAGAACAGAAUUCAGUGCUAGUCAAAUACAACCAAUGGCCCAGGAAAGAACAUCUGGUGUACACGUGAUUACUCCAUUUAAAGUGGAUGGAAGAGAUCUGACGAUUUUGGUGAAUAGGGGAUGGUUAAUACAAGGGCAAUUUCAAAGUGAGGAGGGUCGAAAAAAAGGACAGGUGAACACAACAGUGGAAUUAAUUGGUCAAGUGAGGCAUGACCAAGUGACAACCAAUGUAGCAUACAUGAUGAUGGGCGACUUCAAGAAGCCCACAAUGCAACAGGGACAAAAAGUGUAUCUUGUACGAGACCUCAAUCAACUAGCUGAGACGUGUGGAACAUCUCCCGUUUUGCUGGAUUAUGUAGCAGGGGAACUACCAAUAAAUGGUCCUAAAAUUGUGACUCCGACAAUUGAACUUCGGAACACACAUUUGGAAUAUGCUGGCUUUUGGUUCUGUGGUGCAGUUGUAACAUUCAUGUUCUGGGCAAAAUACAUGAGAAAACCACCAGAGGGAAUUACCACCUUCAGGUCCAAGAUCAAGUCCUAUAAAUAGUAACACUGUUGUCAAUUGGGAUCAUUCUAGAAGUGUUGUUUCUACCUAAAAUUGAACCCAUCUCCAGAAGACUGUAUUAAAUGUCCUCUAAAGAACUUAUAUCGUGUCAAAGGUGAAAAUAUAUGCUGUUUAUGUAUAGAAUGUGGUCAACUGGUCUUUCUGGGCUGCCUUAUUAAUAUAACUGACCUAUCAACCAUAUUUAUAUCUUUUGUAAAGUUACGAGACAUAAUCAAAGUAGGUGAUUAUACAAGGAGAAGAAAAGAAAGGUGAAUACUUAUGUGUAUUAUUGAAAUUUAAAAAAUAUAUGUUCUGAUGUGUAUUUAAAAUUCACUGUAUUGUAAUUUGAUUCCAACUAAACUUUAUGUGUAUGCAAUGCAUUGACAUAUUUUGAUGACGUAAUUGUUGCAAUCAAGUCACACAUUUUUAUGCCCCCACAAAGUGGCGGCAUAUAGGGUUGCCCUUGUCCGUACGUACGUCUGUCUGUCUGUCUGUCUGUACGUACGUACGUCCCGAAGAUUGUUUCCGAUCUAAUUCUUGAAAACCGUUUGUCCAAUCCUCACCAAACUUUAAACACAUGUUUGUGACCAUAAUAUCUUGAUCAAGUUCGAUAGUCAUGGAAAUCGCUUUAGUCAUUUAGGAGUUACGGCCCUUUUUUGCCAAAAAUACUUCAAAAAUAUAUGUUUCCAAUCUAAUUCUUGAAAACUGUUUGUCCAAUCCUCACCAAACUUUAAACACAUGUUUGUGACCAUAAUAUCUUGAUCAAGUUCGAUAGUCAUGGAAAUCGCUUUAGUCAUUUAGGAGUUACGGCCCUUUUUUGCCAAAAAUACUUCAAAAAUAUAUGUUUUCAAUCUAAUUCUUGAAAAGUAUGUGUCCAAUGUGGAUCCAACAAGUUUUUUCCUGCCUGAAUGGCGCCAUAUAACCUAUACAGUCUUGCGAUGCCGUAAAACCCAACUCAACUUAACUUAUCCUAUAUGUGCAGAUUAUCCUGAAUAAUCAUUAUGGCUUAUUUUCUGUGACAAAAAAUCGAAGUGGGGGCAUCCGUGUCCUAUGGACACAUUUCUAGUUUUGUGUUCUAUUGCUAGCGUUAGUGCGAAGAAAUUCCGCUUGGACGCGGGAGUCGAUGUACAUUAUAAACCAAAAAAUUUGUGUGAUAUUAGAUAAAAAAGGUUUUUCAUAGAACCAUUGUUAAAUAUUCAUAUUUAUUGAUGCAAAAAAUAAAAUUCAUUGGCUAAAUAUGUUGUCUUCGUUUAUUUGGGAGCAAGACAAAUCGGCCCCUUACCAAAUCUGCCUACUACCAAAUCGGCCCUAAGACGUUUCGGCCCUGCCAUUUCGUCCCCUUAAUUAAAAUGACUCGAGAUGUUUCGGCCCCUUAGUGAUUUUCAACAGAGACAUUUCGGCCCCUUAAUUUUAUUUUAUUUUUUAUCUCGAGUAUAAAGAAAAACAUUUUAGGUCGUCUUAUAAAUGUAAAUGAGAU